AUGGCCAUCCUCGGUGACAACAGCGACCUGAUCAUGUAUAUGAUGUGGAUAUCAAUCGGCAUCGCAAACAUCUACAUCGUUGAGAGCCGUCAGAUGUCGUCUUAUUACGGUCCAGUACCCGAGCCGGAUCCCGGUCAGCCCUAUAACAAAUACCACUGGGUGAAAUCAGCCAUGGAGAAGCUUCAAAGCGGAUGCCCACUGAACACAAAGGGAGAUAUCGAUGACUGUAGCUCCAAUCCAUGUCUGAACGGAGGCAACUGCGUGGAUGGCGUGAACCGAUUUACGUGUACGUGUGCUCCAGGCUACGAGGGGAGUACCUGUGAAACAAAUAUUGAUGAGUGUAACUCCAAUCCAUGUCUGAACGGAGGUAACUGCGUGGAUGGUGUGAACCGAUUUAAGUGUACGUGUGCUCCAGGCUACAAGGGGAGGACCUGCCAGAAAAUUAUCGAAUUCUGCAGCCCUAAUCCGUGUCUAAACGGCGGAUCCUGCAUUGAUUAUGUUACCAGUUUUACCUGUAACUGUACUGGCAACUACAAAGGUGACACCUGCUCAUCAGUUUGUCCAAAGGAACUUCAGAAACCUUUUGGCAUGAAGAGCGGAGAAAUUCCAGAUGACAAUAUCAUUGCAUCGACGGUCGACAGCAAUUUCACUAAAGCUAGCAAUGCAAGACUUGACUUCCAAGGUGGGUGGUGCGCAUCAGAUUCCGACCGGACUCCAUGGAUACAAGUCAACCUUAACGUUAAGGUGUACAUCAGUACUCUGAUAAUACAGGGAUUCAGUGACAACCACUAUGUUGAAACUUACAGCAUUAAGUACGGCGACUCUACAUCAUCUUUGACAUACUGGAGAACUGGCACUACAACUGGAUCCAUUCGAGUGAUGUACGGUAAUACUGAUGGCGAUGCUCACAAGACACAGACGUUCUGGCCUGUGUUGCACGCACAGUAUCUGCGCAUCAAUGCAAAAUCAUGUGCAAUGUCCCGAUGCUGUAUGCGCUUUGAGGUGAAAGGAUGUCGGUAAAGUAAGUAGGUGUUUAAAGACACUGGA